ACUGCUACAUGGGUUUAAUGCCUAACCCACCUUCCAGAUUUGGUAGGCGGACAUUUGCCAGUUAACCUUUGCUCCUCCAGCAUCACUUGCUAAACCCUUCAUAGGAAAGCAUUGCAGACAUUCUCAACAACCUUUAAAACCCUUUUUUGUAUGAAUAAAACAGAACACCAGAUAUUUAUGGUACCUUGGAUUACCAAGUUAGAACUUAGAACUGAAGUAUUCAGUAUGCAGGGAUUAUCAAACCCUUUAUCUUAUACUCUAUGCUCAGAAAGUAAAAUUCCUGUCUGGCCAUUUGUCUCACUUUCAUUCUUUGGUGGUGCAUAUGCCCUUCUACCUUAUUUUGUUCUUUGGAGACCACCACCACCACCUGUUGAAGAAGAUGAACUCAAAAGAUGGCCUUUGAAUUUUCUGGAAUCAAAAAUAACUGCUGGGGUAUCACUUGUUGCAGGCCUAGGUCUAAUUAUUUAUGCAGCCUUAGCAAAUGGUGAUGACUGGAAAGAGUUUUACCAAUACUUCAGAGAAAGCAAAUUUAUUCACAUCACAUGCCUUGAUUUUACUCUGCUAUCGACUUUUGCUCCUUUUUGGGUUUACAAUGACAUGACUGCUCGUAAAUGGUAUGAAAAAGGUUAUUCGCUUCUUCCCUUGUCGUUGGUGCCAUUCUUGGGUCCUGCUUUAUAUCUUGUCCUCCGGCCAUCACUAUGGGAAUUACCUGUUUCAGCCGGCUCGACAUCCAAACCGAAGUAGAAGGGAGAAAGAAAAGUCGAAAUUAAUCAAAGAGGACUGCACAAAUUGGAACCUUAACAAUCAGCAUCAAACAUAACUUUCAGAUUGCAAUUAAGUUAAUUAUUCUCA